AAUAAUGUUGAGCUGCUACUGUGGUGUUAAUUCAUUUUGGUGUUUUGAUAUGCACUUGUGCGUAAGUGCUGUAAAAAUAAACCAUCUCUCCCAAACCAAAACAGGGACAGGGAGAUACCUAUCGUGCCACUGAAAGAGGCUGCUUUAUAAGGGCAUUUAUYCAGGCUGUUUAUGCAAGCCUAAACCUGUUUAGGUUCUUUGUCUGAGCAAGCUGGGUAAAGCUAAUAACUUUCCACAGUUGUGGGUAAGCUUGCUACAGGAAACCUCUAAAACCUCCUACCCAGUAAAGGAUUUUUGUUCAUGACUAACACUGAGUUUCGGUUUCAGCGUUUCUCCAUUUUGUGAAACUUUAACCCUCUUCCCUUGUAACUUUCAGCUCCUAUCAUAAAGAUUAAGAAUUUGCCGAGUAAAAUAAUAAAGGUGUUUGUGGAAACUGUGGAGAGCGCACAUGGCGUGGACUUAUWGAUAGCAUUUUGAAUUUUUACCUUUAGAUCUUGAAACUGACUGGUUGUUGUUGAGCUAGGGACUGAAAAAUGGAGUCAUGAGAAACCCAAACGAACACCUUGCUUGUAGAGACCACGCCACAACUAUUACAGACACCAAAUAAUUGUCUGAAAAGGUUMAUUUGAGAAGGUGCCAGAAGUGAGGCUACAGUCCAGGCAAGCACUAAAAAGAAAAGGUGAGAUUCCUGAAGAUGGAAAAAGGAUCCCACACACAGGAAUCAGCUCCACCAUACCCUGGUCCUCCCAUGGAUUAUGGCCAGCCAGCGAUGUACUCUCCACCAACCUAUUCCACUCAACCAGGCUUCCCGACUCAACCAGGUUUCUCCGCUCCGCCAGGUUUCUCCGCUCCGCCAGGCUAUCCCGCUCAACAAGGCGUCUUCGCUCCACAAUGUGUCCCCGCUCAACCAGGUUUCUCUGCUCAACCAGGUUAUUCUGCUGCUCCUGUUGGACAACAUGGUGGUGUCGCUUUUGCUCCUGUACCUGUUCAACCAACAGUAACUCRUGUGGCAAUAUCAACUGCUCUAUAUGACGUUCCUGGACAGACAUUUUGUCCCCACUGCCAGGAAGCUGUGAUCACUCGUACAGCGCCAGAAGCAGGAAUGUUGACCUGGCUUGUUUGUGGAGGAUUGUGCUUUUUGGGGUGCUGGCUUUGCUGCUGUAUCCCAUUCUGCCUUGAUUCCUGUAACGAUGUGAAGCAUCAUUGUCCGAGAUGCCAGCAGGUUCUCUACAUAUACAAACGGAUGUGAAACUAGUCCCACAAGGAACUGGGGAAAUAARAGUUAACAUUUAGGUUGUUACAUGUCUUAUGCUGGAAAUUGUGAUUCUUGUUUUUUUGGUCAAAUUGUAUGAAAUAGUUUUUCUGCUGAAAUUAAAACAAAAAAAGAUUUACAUCACAACAAAGAGACAUGCAUAUCAAACAACCACGCAUACAUAGAUCCAUAUAUGAGGRCAAUUUAGAGUAUCCAUUUGACCUGACGAUCAUAUGUUUGGACUGUAGGAGGAAGUGGGAGUACCCAGAGAGAACAAAGUUGUGCUUUGAGGUGAAAAUGUAAACUCCAUGCAGACAGACCCAUUGCAGGGAUUCAAACUUUGGACCUUCUUKCUGUAUGGCAAUAGUAAUACCAACUGUAUUGUGUAGCCAUUAUCCCAAUAAUGUCUGCAGAUAAUGUGCAAACCAAUAUAAAAAAAGAUUUAAAUGCCUGAAUUUUCCCACUCUGGGACCAUAAGGGCUAAUUCCWUAAAAUUCUAAAUGUAAAAAGAUUAUUCUAUUUGUUUCAAUGGUCUAAGAAAACCUUUGUUUUCUCACCCAUCUUUUCUCACUUUCUGUCUAUGUAUUUACAAUUAUUAAUAAUCCUGUUCAUGUCAUGACUAAAUAAAGCAUCAAAUGCAUAGAAAAAAACAUAAGUCUUCCUUGUUUGCAUUUACAGUAAUGGAACACUGUGAAUGUGAAGGUAACAAUCUGAUGUUGCUGAUCAAACACAUUUAAUCAUAUGAUAACAGCUUAAAGUGGUGAAGGGUGAUGAUUUGAGCUGGUUUUGCAGACAUAAAGAGCCCAAAAGUCCUCAAGAGUCAAAUGUAAAAUGACUCGUCUAAAAGCUUUAACAGCAUCAGGAGGAUUAACCUAUGGAAAGCAGCAAUCUACAGCACAGUCUCUGAAUAGAGAGUGGUUAGCAUAAUGCUUCCUCUGAACUUUGAAGACCCUCAGACACUGUAUUUCAAGGUCAUGACUGGAAAAUCGUAUUUUAAGACACGAAUAAUUAAUCCUCACUUAGUAUUUAUACUUGUCACAGAGACAGAGCAAUAAGUUAGAAUUCCAUCUAUUUAAAGUAUUUUGAAAUUCACUUGAAAUGUACCCAUCGAUGAUUUGAUUUGAAAUUUACAUGUAAAUUAUUUCAUGAUUUUCUCCAUACUUAAACAUUUAGGGCAGUGAACAUCUKUGGUUAAAAAGUAUGGAAAUUGUUUGUAUUUAUGUCAAACUUUUUUGCACGUUUAUUACUCGGCUAAAACUGUUUCAGCUAACAGAUGUGACACCACAGGAAGAAGUUGACGAGGCAGGAAAGAACUGUGGUUACACACUGGGUGUUUGGCAUAAUAAGUUUUAAAAUGAAAAAUAAAAUAAAUA